UUUUGUCCCCGCCACCUUCCUCUGCCUCUCGAGUGCCCUGCAGCCCCGCAGCCUCCUCCUGGAGCUGCGCCCUAGUGCCCCUGCUGGGCAGUGGCGUUUCCCCCACAUCCUCCCGCGCCCAGCCCCUGCUGCUCUGGGCAGACGAUGCUGAAGAUGCUCUCCUUUAAGCUGCUGCUGCUGGCCGUGGCUCUGGGCUUCUUUGAAGGAGAUGCUAAGUUUGGGGAAAGAAACGAAGGGAGCGGAGCAAGGAGGAGAAGGUGCCUGAAUGGGAACCCCCCGAAGCGCCUGAAAAGGAGAGACAGGAGGAUGAUGUCCCAGCUGGAGCUGCUGAGUGGGGGAGAGAUGCUGUGCGGGGGCUUCUACCCUCGGCUGUCCUGCUGCCUGCGGAGUGACAGCCCGGGGCUGGGGCGCCUGGAGAACAAGAUAUUUUCUGUUACCAACAACACAGAAUGCGGGAAGUUACUGGAGGAAAUCAAAUGUGCACUUUGCUCUCCACAUUCUCAAAGCCUGUUCCACUCACCUGAGAGAGAAGUCUUGGAAAGAGACCUGGUAUUUCCUCUGCUCUGCAAAGACUAUUGCAAAGAAUUCUUUUACACUUGCCGAGGCCAUAUUCCAGGUCUCCUUCAAACAACUGCAGAUGAGUUUUGCUUUUACUAUGCAAGAAAAGAUGGUGGGCUGUGCUUUCCGGAUUUUCCAAGAAAACAAGUCAGAGGACCAGCAUCUAACUACUUGGACCAGAUGGAAGAAUACGACAAAGUGGAAGAGAUCAGCAGAAAGCACAAACACAACUGCUUCUGUAUUCAGGAGGUUGUGAGUGGGCUGCGGCAGCCCGUUGGUGCCCUGCAUAGUGGGGAUGGCUCGCACCGUCUCUUCAUUCUGGAAAAAGAAGGUUAUGUGAAGAUACUUACCCCUGAAGGAGAAAUUUUCAAGGAGCCUUAUUUGGACAUUCACAAACUUGUUCAAAGUGGAAUAAAGGGAGGAGAUGAAAGAGGACUGCUAAGCCUCGCAUUCCAUCCCAAUUACAAGAAAAAUGGAAAGCUGUAUGUGUCUUAUACCACCAACCAAGAACGGUGGGCUAUCGGGCCUCAUGACCACAUUCUUAGGGUUGUGGAAUACACAGUAUCCAGAAAAAAUCCCCACCAAGUUGAUUUGAGAACAGCCAGAGUCUUUCUUGAAGUUGCAGAACUCCACAGAAAGCAUCUGGGAGGACAACUGCUCUUUGGCCCUGACGGCUUUUUGUACAUCAUUCUCGGUGAUGGGAUGAUUACACUGGAUGAUAUGGAAGAAAUGGAUGGGUUAAGUGAUUUCACAGGCUCAGUGCUACGGCUGGAAGUGGACACGGACGUGUGCAGCGUGCCUUAUUCCAUACCAAGGAGCAACCCACAUUUCAACAGCACCAACCAGCCCCCUGAAGUGUUUGCUCACGGGCUCCACGAUCCAGGCAGAUGUGCGGUGGAUCGACAUCCCACUGAUAUAAACAUCAAUUUAACUAUACUUUGUUCAGACUCCAAUGGAAAAAACAGAUCAUCAGCCAGAAUCCUACAGAUAAUAAAAGGGAAAGAUUAUGAAAGUGAGCCCUCACUUUUAGAAUUCAAGCCAUUCAGUAAUGGUCCUUUGGUUGGUGGAUUUGUAUACCGGGGCUGCCAGUCAGAAAGAUUGUAUGGAAGCUAUGUGUUUGGAGAUCGUAAUGGGAAUUUCUUAACUCUCCAGCAAAGUCCUGUGACAAAGCAAUGGCAGGAAAAACCACUCUGUCUCGGCACUAGUGGGUCCUGUAGAGGCUACUUUUCCGGCCACAUCUUGGGAUUUGGAGAAGAUGAACUAGGUGAAGUUUACAUUUUAUCAAGCAGUAAAAGCAUGACCCAGACUCACAAUGGAAAACUCUACAAAAUUGUAGAUCCCAAAAGACCUUUAAUGCCUGAGGAAUGCAGAGCCACGGUACAACCCGCACAGACGCUGGCCUCGGAGUGCUCCAGGCUCUGUCGAAACGGCUACUGCACCCCCACAGGAAAGUGCUGCUGCAGUGCAGGCUGGGAGGGGGACUUCUGCAGAAUCGCAAAAUGUGAGCCAGCUUGUCGUCAUGGAGGUGUCUGUGUUAGACCAAACAAGUGCCUCUGUAAAAAAGGAUAUCUUGGUCCUCAAUGUGAACAAGUGGACAGAAACAUCCGCAGAGUGACCAGGGCAGGUAUUCUUGAUCAGAUCAUUGACAUGACAUCUUACUUGCUGGAUCUAACAAGUUACAUUGUAUAGUUUAUGGGACUGUUUGACUAUUCCUUUCCAAUGGGCAUUUAUUUUUUAUCCUGUCAUUAAAAAGACUGUUAUCCUGCUA